CCGUCUGGAUUCACAUUUGCCCAAAACAUUACACAGCAUUGAAAAAUCCCGAAUAUGCAGCAGGAAAAUCAAUUGGGAACAAGGUGGUUACGAGUGCACGGGGAAAACAGGAGGUAGACAUUUUACUCUUAAAAACAAAAGAAGAGUACGGGCACAGUGUAGUGAUUUGUUCAUUUAUACGGUCAUGUUUAGGCAGACGUUUAAAUUGACCAAAUCGUGUUUUUUCUUUGUCUCGAGGAGCUCGCGCGCGCGCGAGAGAGAGCAAAAUAAAGACUUUUAGUUAGCCAGUGGUUAAAGAUACAGUGAGGAAUAGAGUAGUUAAUUCUCCUAUGUUUGGACAGUGGACGUAAACGCAACGUAGAUCACGUGACUAGAACCUGGAAGUGAGAGAGAGAGAGAGUGAGUGUCAAUAAAAGGGUAUAGAUGGCUUCCUCAGAGUGGCACCUGUCUUUGAAGCUGAUGGAUCAGCGCAAAUCCAUCUUCCAAUUCCCAGAGAUGAUGCCAGGGGAUGUUCCACCUGGAGGAUACAGAGUCGCUACCUUGAAACAACUUGUAGCAGCUCAGCUCCCAGACUCCAUCCCAGACCCUGAGCUAAUAGAGUUGGUCCACUGUGGGCGGAAACUUAAAGAUGAUCUUACACUGGAUGCCUGUGGGAUUCAACCAGGAUCCACUUUACACAUCCUCAAACGGACUUGGCCAGAGCCCGAGAGCAGUCCAGAGCCUGUGAAUAGAGCAACUGCAGCCAGGGAGUUCAGGGUGUUUCAUGCUGCUCUUCACUCUCUCAACUCUGCCUACAGAGACUCAGUAUAUAAAAUGCUUACAAAUAAAGAGUCCCUGGAUCAGAUCAUUGUGGCUACACCAGGGCUCAGGUCAGACCCAGUUGCCCUAGGCGUCCUCCAAGACAAAGAUCUCUUCGUGCAGUUCACAGAUCCUAACAUGCUGGAUGUAUUAAUCAGUUCACACCCAGCCCUUGUCAACGCCAUCAUCCUGGUCCUGCACUCUGUGGCGGGCAGUAUGCCCGCUCAGUCCAGUGCCAGCUCCUCUCGCAACGUCUCUGCCAGUUCCUACAGUGAUAUGCCUGGAGGCUUCAUGUUUGAGGGCAUGUCUGACGAUGAGGAAGAUUUCCAGUCCGGGAGCCCAGCAGGACCCUCCAACAGAGCAGGGGCCUCAGCAGGAAUACGACCAGUGUCUCUGAGCCACAGUGGAGCGACGGGCCCUCGACCAAUAACACAGAGCGAGCUGGCAACAGCUUUGGCCCUCGCUAGCACUCCUGACAGCAGUGCGGUCACUCCCACAACAGCAAGCCAGGCGGACCCCUCCAGUGGUGUAGCCCCCAUGCCGGCAGGGACCCCAGUCAGCAACGAUCUCUUCAGCCAGGCUCUACAGCAAGCUCUGCAAGCCACCAACAUGUCUGCUCUACAGGGCCGCUGGCAGUCCCAGAUGCAGCAGCUCAGGGACAUGGGGAUCCAGGAUGAGGAGCUGAUGCUGAGGGCGCUACAGGCCACAGAUGGUGACAUCCAGUCUGCCCUCGAGCUCAUAUUUGCUGGAGGCCCAGGACUCUGAGCCCGUAACCCACGGGCAGAGGCUUUUACAGAAAUGAAAGCGGCAGAAAGCUCAUAAGGCUGCUGCCUAGAAAUAAGAAAUUAUGGCUGUAGACAUGCAGUAUGUACAUUUUUUUUUUUAAUAUUACCCUACUUACCUUUAAAUAUACAUACAUCACUGUUUCAACUGAACUCCACAAAGGUCAUGACAGCUUUUUCUUAUUGAUGUGACUAGACUUGUAAUAAAUUUAAUCAUGCUUACCUCAUCAACUCAUCAGUCGGUUUUCCUGUUAUUUAACUGGUGGCACUGACUGUGAAUGGAUUACACUGGUCUAGGCAUACAAAAUUGUCCUCUGCGUUUACAUCGUCUUGCAGCAGCCUAUGUAAUUCCGCUAUUUCUACACUAGAUGGCAAUGCAGUCGUUUAUAUCUAUCCAGGCAAGCCUGACUAUGACAGGUCAUCCUAGCACACAUACUGCUUGUUUUAGUUGUCUAUUC